UGUGACAGUGAUCGGUAUAUACAGGAGAGGAGUGUGGGGGUAUGACAGUGAUCGGUAUGUACAGGAGAGGAGUGUGGGGUGUGACAGUGAUCGGUAUGUACAGGAGAGGAGUGUGGGGGUAUGACAGUGAUCGGUAUGUACAGGAGAGGGGAGGUGUGAGGUAUGACAGUGAUCGGUAUGUAAAGGAGAGGGUUGUGGAGGUAUGACAGUGAUCGGUAUGUAACAGGAGAGGGUUGGAGGUAUGACAGUGAUCGGUAUGUAAGGAGAGGGUGUGGAGGUAUGACAGUGAUCGGUAUGUACAGGAGAGGAGUGUGGAGGUAUGACAGUGAUCGGUAUGUACAGGAGAGGGGUGUGGAGGUAUGACAGUGAUCGGUAUGUAAAGGAGAGGAGUGUGGGGGAUGACGGUAUUGGUAUGUACAGGAGAGGAGUGUGGAGGUAUGACAGUGAUCGGUAUGUACCGGAGAGGAGUGCGGGGGGUAUGACAGUGAUCGGUAUGUACCGGAGAGGAGUGCGGGGGGGGGACAGUGCCACGGAGUUUAGUGGA